UGCAUGUAAGGUUAUUGUUAUUUACAUGCUUGUUUCGUGUAAGUAAACCCGGGUAAUAGUUUCGAAUAAUGCAUGAGAAAAAUGAAAAUAUGCUUUGCUAUCUGGUCCUUGAAGAUGGUACGACGUUUACCGGCGAGGCUUUUGGAGCGAAAAAGCCUGUCGACGGGGAAGUGGUCUUUCAGACGGGAAUGGUAGGGUAUCCGGAAUCCUUAACGGAUCCCAGUUAUCAUGCCCAAAUCCUCAUUCUCACGUAUCCAAUUAUUGGAAAUUACGGAGUCCCCGAUAACAACUGCGACGAAUAUGGUCUUCCUUAUUGGUUCGAAUCUAAUCGCAUAUGGGCCUCCGCGUUGGUUGUCGGCGAAUAUUGUGAUUAUCCGAGUCAUUGGCGCAGCAAGAAAACGCUCUCGAAAUGGAUGCAAGAGGAAGGCAUACCGGGAAUACAGGGAAUCGAUACGCGUGAAUUGACUAAAAAAAUACGCGAACGAGGAACGAUGCUGGCUAGAAUCGUGUACGAUCUACCAAUUAACACGAGUCUUAAGAUAGCAGAUCCGAAUACGCGCAACUUGGUGGAAGAGGUUUCCAUGAAGAAACCAAUAACGUACAAUCCUGAGGGAUAUCCAAGAAUAUGCGCCGUGGAUUGUGGAUUAAAGUACAAUCAGAUACGGUGCUUUCUGCGCCGUGGUGCGAGGGUGGACGUCGUGCCAUGGAAUUACGAGUUAAACGCAAAAGAUUACGAUGGCCUGUUUUUAAGUAAUGGCCCCGGUGAUCCAAUCAUGUGCAAGACUACCAUUACAAACCUAACUCGCGUAUUAGCCUCGAAGGAAAUCAAACCAAUAUUUGGCAUCUGUUUAGGGCAUCAACUGUUGUCGGUAGCCAUUGGUUCUUCGAGCUUUAAGAUGAAAUACGGAAACCGAGGCCAUAAUCAACCGUGCAUCCACGAAGGUACUGAUCGUUGCUAUAUGACUUCGCAAAAUCACGGAUUCGCUAUUAAUCCGGGAUCGUUACCGUCAGGUUGGAUUCCACUCUUCACAAAUGCUAAUGAUAAAACUAACGAAGGAAUUGUGCACAAAACAUUGCCGUAUUUCAGCGUCCAAUUCCAUCCUGAGCACACGGCUGGUCCGCAGGAUUUAGAAUGUCUUUUCGACGUCUUCCUCGACACAGUUAAAGAGUACAGCACGAAGAAGGUGGCUGUAAGAGACUUAAUCACUCAAAGGUUGAAAUACACAAAUGGACCGGAGCCAAUCGCUAGUUUCCCCAAGAAAGUCUUAAUAAUCGGAUCGGGAGGCCUAUCCAUUGGCCAGGCCGGUGAGUUCGAUUAUUCGGGUUCGCAAGCGAUAAAAGCGAUGAAGGAGGAGAAUAUCCAGACCGUGCUUAUUAACCCCAACAUCGCGACUGUGCAGACUUCAAAGGGCUUGGCCGAUAAGGUGUAUUUUCUGCCGUUAGUGCCGGAAUAUGUGGAGAAUGUUAUUAAAGCUGAACGACCGGGUGGGGUUUUGUUGACUUUUGGUGGACAAACCGCCCUUAACUGUGGUAUCGAGUUGGAAUUGACGGGAGUGUUUGAAAAGUAUGGCGUAAAAAUUCUGGGGACUCCCAUACAAACGAUCAUAGAUACGGAAGAUCGAAAAAUAUUUAGCGAGCGAAUAGCGGAAAUUGGUGAGAAGGUGGCGCCCAGCUGCGCGGUUUAUUCCGUACAGGAAGCGUUGGAAGCCGCCCAACGUUUGGGUUAUCCCGUCAUGGCGCGAGCUGCGUUUUCUUUAGGAGGGUUGGGGUCGGGAUUUGCCGAUAACGAUGAUGAGCUAAAGAGCUUGGCAACGCAAGCUUUGUCGCACUCCAGCCAACUCAUCAUUGAUAAAUCAUUGAAAGGGUGGAAGGAGGUUGAAUACGAAGUGGUUCGCGAUGCCUAUGACAAUUGUAUUACUGUCUGCAAUAUGGAAAAUGUCGAUCCUUUGGGGAUACACACUGGAGAGUCAAUUGUCGUUGCACCUAGUCAAACUUUAUCGAAUCGAGACUACAACAUGCUGAGAACUGCGGCAAUUAAUGUAAUUAGACACUUAGGCGUUGUGGGAGAAUGUAAUAUUCAAUACGCUCUGUGUCCGACAUCUGAAGAGUACUAUAUCAUUGAAGUCAACGCUCGUCUGUCCAGAAGUUCUGCUUUAGCCAGUAAAGCAACCGGUUAUCCUUUAGCUUACGUGGCUGCUAAGCUUGGUCUCGGUAUUGCGCUUCCAAAAAUUCACAACUCAGUGACCGGUGUGACAACCGCUUGCUUCGAGCCCAGUUUGGAUUAUUGCGUUGUAAAGAUUCCCCGAUGGGAUUUAAGCAAGUUCACUAGAGUGAGCACCAAAAUUGGAAGCUCAAUGAAAAGUGUUGGCGAAGUUAUGGCAAUCGGAAGAAGAUUCGAGGAAGCCUUCCAAAAGGCUUUCCGAAUGGUUGAUGAGAAAGUAAAUGGAUUUGAUCCAUACAUAAAAGCAAUAAAUGAUGAUGAACUGAAAGAACCUACGGAUAAAAGAAUGUACGUACUUGCCGCUGCUCUGAAAAGCGGCUACAGUAUUGAGAAGUUGUACGAUUUGACAAAGAUCGAUUGUUGGUUUUUGCAAAAGAUGAAAAAUAUAAUCGACUUCUACGAUGUAUUGGAAAAAAUUCACCAGCCGCAGUUGACCGCGGACAACCUUCUGAAGGCUAAACAGAUCGGAUUCUCCGACAAGCAAAUUGCUGCAUGCGUCAAAAGCACAGAACUUGCAAUCAGAAAACAGCGAGAGGAGUAUCAGGUGACCCCGUUUGUAAAGCAAAUAGAUACUGUCGCAGCUGAAUGGCCGGCAACCACCAACUACUUAUAUAUCACCUACAACGCGCGUAGUCACGAUUUAACCUUCAACGAGCUCCAUAUCAUCGUGAUCGGCUCAGGAGUCUAUCGAAUCGGAAGCUCAGUCGAAUUUGACUGGUGCGCCGUCGGCUGCCUAAGAGAACUGAAAAAAUUGAACCGCAAGACAGUAAUGAUUAAUUAUAAUCCAGAAACCGUCAGCACAGAUUAUGACAUGUCAGAUAGACUGUAUUUCGAAGAGAUAUCAUUUGAAGUUGUUAUGGAUAUUUACAACUUGGAAAAUCCAGUAGGUAUCAUUCUUUCCAUGGGCGGACAACUCCCGAACAACAUCGCCAUGGAUUUGCACCGUCAGCAGGCGAACAUAUUGGGUACAUCACCGGAGUCGAUCGAUGGCGCGGAGAAUCGGUUCAAGUUUUCGCGUAUGUUGGACCGUAUCGGUAUUCUACAGCCUCGCUGGAAGGAGCUGACCAACUUAAAAUCGGCGAUCAAAUUUUGCGAAGAAGUCGGCUACCCUUGCCUGGUCAGACCGUCUUAUGUUCUAAGUGGAGCUGCUAUGAAUGUCGCUCAUUCUAACCAAGAUCUGGAAACGUAUCUAAAAACUGCCAGUGAUGUUAGUAAGGAACAUCCGAUUGUCAUCUCCAAGUUCUUGCUCGAAUCCAAAGAAAUUGAUGUAGACGCCGUUGCGUGUGAUGGUGUUGUACUGUGCAUGGCGGUGUCUGAGCACGUUGAAAAUGCUGGUGUGCAUUCAGGGGAUGCUACACUAGUUACACCACCACAGGAUAUCAAUCCUGAAACUUUGUUGAAAAUUAGACAAAUUACAAAAGCAAUAGCAGCAAGCUUGGAAGUCACAGGCCCUUUCAAUAUGCAAUUAAUAGCAAAAGACAACGACUUGAAAGUCAUAGAAUGCAAUGUACGUGUGUCGCGCUCAUUUCCGUUCGUCUCAAAAACGCUCGAUCACGAUUUCGUCGCAAUGGCCACUCGAGUUAUAAUUGGAGAAAUACAAGAACCAGUCGACGUUCUAAGUGGAUGCGGAAAGGUUGGUGUGAAAGUGCCUCAGUUUUCAUUUUCUCGCUUGGCCGGUGCAGACUUCAUGUUGGGCGUUGAGAUGGCGUCUACUGGCGAAGUAGCCUGUUUUGGAGAAAAUAGAUAUGAAGCUUAUUUGAAGGCAAUGAUGAGUACCGGUUUUAGCAUUCCUAAGCACUCCAUUUUAUUAUCAAUUGGUAGUUUCAAGCACAAAGUUGAGUUGCUUCCCAGUAUGAGAAUUCUUCGCAAAAUGGGAUAUAAAUUAUUUGCAAGUUUAGGGACAGCGGAUUUCUAUACGGAGCAUGGUGUUGAUGUUGAAUCAGUACAAUGGACUUUUGAAAACAUCGAUGAUAUCACUAGUCAAGGCGAGUUAAAACCUCUAGCGGAAUUCUUAUCAAAGAAGCAGUUUGAUUUGGUGAUCAAUUUACCAAUGCGUAAUGGGGGAGCCCGGAGAGUAUCUUCAUUUAUGACUCACGGAUACAGGACACGUCGUUUAGCCAUAGAUUACUCUAUUCCACUAAUUACUGACGUAAAAUGCGCCAAAUUACUUGUGGACGCAUUGGCGCGCUCUCGAAGACCACCAUUAAUGAAAACGCAUAUUGACUGUAUAACAUCUAGGCAGUUAAUAAAGCUCCCUGGUUUCAUAGAUACGCACGUUCAUGUCAGAGAGCCUGGUGCUACACAUAAGGAAGACUACUCGUCCUGUACCGCCGCCGCCUUAGCCGGAGGUGUCACAAUGAUUUGCGCAAUGCCCAACCCCCCCCCCGCCAUAGUCGAUGAAGAGUCUUUCCAAUUAGUUCAGGAAAUAGCGAAAGAGAACGCUAGGUGUGACUAUGCGAUUUAUGUUGGAGCCUCCUCGAAUAACGCAGCAAUCAUACCAGAUCUGGCUCCGGCAGCUGCGGGCUUGAAAAUGUACCUCAACGAAACAUUCACCACGUUAAAAUUAGACGACUUAACUGUGUGGUCUAAACACUUAGUUAACUGGCCAAAGAAAUCCCCUUUGUGUGUACAUGCAGAAGGUCAAACCACGGCAGCGAUAUUGCUUUUGGCCAAUCUCCACAAUCGACCCGUUCAUGUUUGCCACGUUGCGCGAAAGGAAGAAAUUCAAGUCAUAAAGGCGGCAAAGGAAAAAGGGAUGAAAGUUACCUGCGAAGUGUGUCCCCACCAUUUAUUCUUGUCAACCGAUGAUGUCGCAUACUUGGGGCCCUCAAGAAGUCAGGUGAGACCGGUCUUAGUCAGUCCAGAAGAUCAGAAGGCUCUGUGGGAUAACUUGCACGUCAUCGAUUGUUUUGCAACCGACCACGCUCCACACACGCUUGAGGAGAAGCUAAGCAAAAAUGCUCCACCUGGUUUUCCGGGCCUUGAGACCAUCCUGCCGUUACUACUGGACGCGGUACACUCCGGCAAACUUACCAUCGAGGAUAUUGUAAAUAAGUUCUACCGCAAUCCCAAACGUAUCUUUAAUUUGCCGGAACAAUACAACACGUACGUCGAAGUUGAUAUGGACGAAGAGUGGGUUAUUCCAGAAGCGAUGUCGUUCAGCAAAGCGAAAUGGACUCCCUUUGCUGGAAGGAAAGUCAGAGGUUCGGUUCACAGAGUUGUCUUACGCGGUGAGGUCGCCUACGUGGAAGGACAAGUACUUGUACAGCCAGGUUAUGGGCAAAACGUACGAGAUUGGAAAAUAAAGAAACUAUCCUCCCUCGACUUUAGACCGCCGUCAGGCUUAGAUCGUCCGAUUUCGCCUGCUCCUGGUUUAAUUUUGGAGAAAUUAGAUUAUGACAACGACGGCCAGACGAACGAAAUCUUCUCGCGGCUACUGUCGGAACCUACAAAAGUCCAUUUCUCCAACGAAACCAGUGCGGAUGCCAAAUUUUAUCGUACCGCAUCGCCCCUGCCUACCUUAAAUCCAUUAUCUCGAAUAAAAAGCGACAGUAACCCCAAUUUGAACUUAAUCGAAAACGUACACCCGCAAAUUCAUUCGCACGGUCUGACAGGCAAGCACAUCAUAUCGGUGGACAUGUUUACGAAGGACCAUCUCAACUACAUUUUCAAUUUGGCGCAAACGUUUCGCAUGUACGUUGCGAAGGAACGUCCUCUCGGUCACAUUCUGCAGGGUAAAGUGAUGGCGUCGAUUUUCUACGAAGUUAGUACGCGAACGAGCUGCAGUUUCUCGGCCGCCAUGCAGAGGUUAGGUGGAAGGGUCGUUGAUAUGAACGAGAGUAGCUCUUCGGUGAAGAAAGGUGAGACCUUGGAAGAUUCUAUUGCUGUUAUGGCGGGUUAUGUUGACGUGGUGGUGUUAAGGCAUCCAGCUCCUGGAUCAGUAAUGAAAGCUUCGCACCACUGUCGAAAACCGCUUAUUAAUGCUGGUGACGGUAUCGGAGAACAUCCCACACAAGCAUUGCUAGAUAUUUUCACCAUUCGUGAGGAAAUUGGUACCGUUAACGGCCUUACCAUUACACUCGUUGGAGAUUUGAAGAAUGGGAGGACUGUACAUUCGUUGGCAAGACUGCUCACUUUAUACAACGUGCAGUUACGUUACGUAAAUCCUAAAAACCUCCGGAUGCCGGAUCACAUUUUACAAUUCGUCAACUCCAAAGGAAUACCUCAAGAAGAAUAUGAUAGUUUGGAAUCGGUUCUACCUGAUACAGAUGUGCUGUACAUGACCAGAAUUCAGAGGGAACGGUUCAACUCCCAAGAGGAAUAUGAGGAGGCUUGUGGACAUUUCGUUGUCACUCCUCAACUCAUGACUAGGGCUAAAAGGAAAAUGGUGGUGCUACAUCCUUUACCUAGAGUGUUUGAGAUCAGCGCCGAUUUCGAUACAGAUCCAAGAGCAGCUUAUUUUAGGCAAGCGGAGUGUGGAAUGUUUGUUAGAAUGGCCCUACUGGCUAUGGUUUUAGGGAAAUGUUAAUUUGCUUAAUUCUAAUCGUAUAAUUCCUCAAAAUACAUCUCUUAUAUUUU